AAUGAAGAAAGGCAAAGUUGAAAAGAACACACUAUCCCUAUGCCUUGCUUUACUCUCUCUCAUUCCCUUUUGUCACUCCUUCAACUAUGGCCAAGCCCUCUCCCAGAGCCUCCUCUACUUUGAGUCACAGCGUUCAGGUCGCUUACCCUACAACCAAAGGCUCACUUGGCGUCACCAUUCUGCCCUCACCGAUGGCCUAGAACAAGGGGUGGACUUGGUGGGAGGGUACUAUGAUGCUGGGGACAAUGUGAAAUUUGGGCUACCCAUGGCAUUCACCAUAACGCUUCUCUCGUGGGCUACCAUACAAUACGGCCAACAAAUCGCCGCUGCCGGCGAGUAUGCUCACGCUCUGGAGGCUAUCAAGUGGGGAACCGAUUAUUUCAUCAAGGCCCACACACAACCAAAUGUUCUUUGGGUCCAGGUGGGUGACGGAGACACUGAUCACUACUGUUGGCAGCGGCCGGAAGACAUGACGACGUCGCGGCGAGCUUACAAGGUUGACGCAAACAACCCCGGCUCGGAUGUGGCCGGCGAGACGGCGGCGGCGUUGGCGGCGGCGUCCAUUGUGUUUAGGAGAACAAACCCACAUUACUCUCAACUACUUUUGCAUCAUGCACAACAGUUGUUUGAGUUUGGUGACAAGUACAAAGGGAAGUAUGAUGAGAGUGUUGGAGUGGCUAAAGGGUAUUAUGGUUCGGUUAGUGGGUACAUGGAUGAGUUGCUUUGGGCUGCCAUUUGGCUCUAUAGGGCCACCCAAAAGGAUGAAUAUUUCAAUUAUCUUUUGGAGAAUGCUAAUGACUUUGGUGGGACCACUUGGGCCAUCACUGAAUUCAGCUGGGACGUUAAGUACGUUGGUGUUCAAACCAUUGCUUCCAUGUUCCUUGUGGAAGAUAAUAAGCACAAGAAACACCAAGUCAUACUAGAACAGUACCGUUCAAAAGCCCAGCACUACCUUUGCGCGUGCCUCAACCUCAACAACGCCACUAACGUGGAUCGCACCCCAGGGGGGUUACUGUACAUCCGCCAAUGGAACAACAUGCAGUACGUAGCAACGGCGUCGUUUCUUCUCACACUCUACUCUGAUCAUCUUCUAGCCACAAAUCAGAAGCUGAAUUGCCCAAAGGCCGAGGUGGGCCCCCAUGAGAUGUUCGCCUUUGCAAAAUCACAGGUUGAUUACAUCUUGGGCUCUAAUCCAAUGGGUAUGAGCUACUUGGUGGGCUAUGGUCCCAAUUUCCCAAAGAAGGUGCACCAUAGGGGUUCAUCCAUUGAAUCAUUUGGGGAAAACAAGGGUUUUAUUGGGUGCACUCAGGGUUAUGACAAUUGGUAUGGACGCGCUGAGCCCAACCCUAACGUACUCGUUGGGGCCCUCGUGGGUGGGCCUGAUAUUAAGGACCAAUUUAAAGAUGAGAGAAGAAAUUUCAUUCAAACAGAGGCUUGCACCUACAAUACUGCAGCACUAGUAGGGGUUUUUGCUAGAUUGAAUCAUCACAAUUCACAAGGGAAUAAUGAAACCCCUUUGAUAGCUUCUAGUUAAUUGGGGUUAUAGAGAAAAAUUUUGUUCAUUUGAGGGGCAAAAAAUAUUUCUUAGCAGUGCUUACUUUUGUACUGCCAUUGUAAUUUUAGUAUAUAGUAAGAUACAAACAAUACAACCAAUGAUGACGCACAAAUGCGUCUAGAAACAUUAGGUGGAGUUGCGAAUUGUUCCACUUAUACUUAGUCUAGCAAUUUUAGCAGUGUACUUUUAUUUUGGCCAUAGUUACGACUUUAUGCAAAGCUUAGAAUUCCAACGUGAAGAAAGAGAAGUUUGAAGUUUGAUAGAUUGAGAAGCUAAUAGUAAUAGACUAAUAGUUGCAGCUACCGACACAAAAAGACAAGUGGAAUUUGCAACACUUGGAGCAUGUAGGAACGAAGUUCGAACUUCGAAGACACUAAUCGGUUUUAAAUAAUUCACGGGAUUCUUGGGUUUCUUUUUCUUGAUGAUAACUACUGUUAUGUUUUCCAUUCUUGUUGGUUCUCCUUUAAUUUCGGUUGCUACGGCAUGAGGCAAAGGCCGAAAAGCACUUUUGGUUGUAACCAAAAUUGCGGGGAAAUGGUGUGGCAUGAGGCACAUGGAAAAAAGCCAUGCAAAACGAAAAUCAAGCAGCAUUUAGUGCCACGAUGAUGCUUCGAGUCCUCAAAAUGUAAAGUAUUUGUCACAAUCACAAGGUUCAAAGUGUGGAAACCCAGCAUGAGAGACCAUGUUUUCAUUUGGCUCUUUUUCCUUUUCCAUCUUAAUUAGACGCACACUGGCAGCGCGUGGAAAUGCCAACACUGUUAAUACAACUAUAAGUUUACUUUAGGACAUCUUAAGGAAGUGUGUGCAUAAGUGUCAUUUUCCUUGAACCGCAAUUGUUACAAGAUGUGAAGGUUUACAACACAAGAAUGAUGUUUGAAUGUCGAUUAAGGAACAGUAAUACAGAGCGAGUAAUAUUCUUCAUCCUUGCACAACAAGGGCAGAGCCUAAUGCCAAGUUGCCAAUGUCACUUAUAAUUGCCAAAAUUGAAUAAAUCCCACAAAUUCAUUUCGUGAGAAAACCAUGAAACUAUAAUGGCAAUUGUGAUUAUUCAGACCAAUAAAUUUUAAAUACGUGCACUUGUAAAUUGUAAUAUGCACUUUAUGAAAUAACAUGAAAUUGU